AUGUUACCGAGUAUUUUGGAGGCCAUACCGAACACCGGGAUCGAUGAGGCAGAGAAGGUGCUUCGGCAGAGUUGGCCAUCACUUCUCAAGCUUAAGGGUUCAGCGCAAGCCAGGUUCUGCGCCGAUGCGGAGUCCUUCCUUAAGACGCAGCUCACCAAGAGAUCAGCGCCAAUCGAUACCUUGACUAUCUUUACCAUCAUCUAUGUGGCCGCAGUGCACGCCAUCCACUGUGGCCUUGCCGCCCCAGUCCGAUGGAUCACAGCACAGGACAGCCCCUUCCGCCCAUCGAUGCCUGUUGAGCACGCGCUGCCGUCACGCACCGAGGCCGCGCGAGUCAUCGCCAGUGUGUGCGAGCAGCUUCUGCUCGCAAACGCCAAGGUAGCGAGUAUGUACUUCAGCAAGCUGCUGCGUGAAACAGCCAUGGGGGUACCUCUUUUGGCGCUUGUGCUUCGCGCGUACGGCGAGGCGGCGGUGGACGUGCUGUCAGCCCGCUCAGAGGACCGACAGGACCUCCAGAGCUGCGUUGAGCAUCUCGCUCUAGCAACACACACAUUUAGCGAUUCCACGUCAGACGAUGCUCUCACAAUAGCCCAUCCAAUCCUUCUGCACGUCGCCCGUGUGAGUGGUUGCACUCAGGAUGCAAUACAACUCUUGUGCCGUCCCAUCUACUCCGUCAGCCCAAUGCUGACGGGUAUUGGCCUGUCCGACUACAUCGCCUACUACGCAGAGGCUGCGCUCCUGCUUGCUGCGCACGAGCAGUAUGCGAGCGCCAUGUACGCCCUUGUGCCAGUGAGCCGGCUUCCUCCAUCGCGCGGAACGGAGGAAGGCGAGAUUGGAAGUUGUAACGGGAUCGGUGAGGAAGACGUCCCACCCUGGCUUGACGAGCUCGAGGAUGCGGAAGCGGAUGUGCACGAUCCCGCCCCCCAAAGUGGUAGUUAUGCUGCCGACUCUAGCCGGACUUCCGUCACUGGUACCUAUAGCUCCCUCCCUGCUCAGCAGCUGUUGUUGCUCUAUCCGUGGUACCGCACAGAGCGCAUUGGGGCGACGCGGAAGUACACCAUCGAGCCCAAAGAUGGUAUCACUGAGGUAGGUGCCUUUGGGUGGCGAGGCAUCUUGGCUCUGUCUGCUAUCGAACGAGAAAUAGACCGCCGCAUCGCUGCUUGGGCAAACCGUUUGGGCAUCGUGCUACUCGCCGCGGCCUUCGGCGGCGGAAGUCCACGUGGCGUGAUGGCGCUCGCAGAGCCAGUAAGGCGGCGGGUUGUGGACGACGAAGAGGCGCCGUCCAUCUGGACUGGCAUGGCAUCGGCAAUCGCUGGCCACGUGUGCUUCCCGCACCCGCUGUUCGGUAUCCUGACGGAGACAACUCCCGUGUCGCUCCAAUCCUUUGUGCACAUCGCCACGACCAACAGGGCGGCGAGUGCGCGGGUCUACACGGACCUUCUUGUGGCAAUCGCUCGGCGAGAUGCGGAAAAUGCGCAACGGUGCCUUGGCAAUGCCGCGAAUGUCGCAUUGUUCACAGCAGACCUCACCUUGGAUGUGGUCAGGGCAACGGUGCUGUGUCAGCUUCCGCGCCACAUUCUACUGGAUGUGGCGCGCAUGUACGCUCAUGUACCGAUGCAAAUGUUGUUGGACCGGAUACAACUCACACGCGCAGCCGCGAAAGCCAACAGCGCGACUCCAGCUAACGAAAGCGAAGAAGAAGAGAAGGCGCCGAAUCCCGCCACUAUGGAAAGCAGAUACGCGCUUGUGCAGCUAUUGGUCAACAUGUGCGCCACGGGAGAUCUUGCGUCUUCCCACAUCUGCGUCGCUGCCGCUCCCGCAGCUGAUGCGGCCGCGAUUGCACACGUAACUUUUUACCCGGUCGAAGAGGUGGUCAAGCAGCUGAACAGUGGCACCGCAUCCUUUUCUGUGUCCACUGCCAGUGUGAAGUGGAUGUUGCCGUCCUCAGCAGCUCACCUGCAGCGCUGUGCUCACAUUGUGCAGUUUCCAAUCCACCAAUACACAGGUGCCUUCCCUGACACCUCUCUUGUCCCAAUGCUGGCACAGCUGCAGGAGCUCCAGAGGGUCGUGGAUGCCGACGCCGAAGAAAUUCGUGACACGGGGCUUGUUUAG